AUGUCAUCGUUAACUCAUUCUCAGUUAGAAUUAUCAUCGAUGAUCGAUCAUACACUACUAAAACAAGAUUCAACAGAUGAACAAAUUAUUACAUUGUGUUCUCAAGCUGUUCAAUAUCAAUUUGCCAGUGUUUGUAUUCAACCAACGUAUGUUGAAUUGGCUCAUAAACAUUUAAAACAACAACAACAACAACAGAUAUCAAAAGUAAAAGUGUGUACAGUAAUUGGUUUUCCAUUAGGUUCGAAUACAACACAGACAAAAUUAUUUGAAUGCCAACAGGCGAUAGAACAAGGAGCAGAAGAAAUUGAUAUGGUAAUUAACAUUGGAAAAGUAAAAUCAAAACAGUGGGAUUAUGUAGAACAAGAAAUUAAACAAUUGAAAGAUAAAUGUAAAAAUUUAGUAUUAAAAGUAAUCAUAGAAACUUGUUUGUUGACACGUGAAGAAAAAAUUCAACUAUGUCAAAUUGUAACACGAUGUAAAGCCGAUUAUAUUAAAACAUCAACUGGAUUUUCAACUGGUGGUGCAACUUUAGAAGAUAUUAAAUUGAUGAGAGAAAAUUGUGGUGAAAAUGUAAAAAUAAAAGCAUCGGGUGGAAUUCGUGAUAUUAAAUUUGCAAAAGAAUUAAUCAAAGAAGGAGCAACAAGACUAGGUACAAGUUCAGGAACAAAAUUAGUCGAUGAUUUAUUAAAUGAUCAGGAAACAACAACAACGAAAACAACAACUGAUCAAGGAAAUUAUUAA